CCCACCCGUCCCCCGUUGCUCCUUGCUGUGCGAAUCCACCCCAGCGACUGCGAGAUCGACCCCUCAUCAUGGCCGACGACGCCAAAGCCAAGGGCAACAAGGCCUUUGCCGAAGGUCGCUACGACGACGCCAUCGCCCACUUUUCUGAGGCCAUCGACCUCGCUUCCGGCAAUCACGUCCUCUACUCCAACCGCUCGGCUGCGUAUGCCUCCAUCAAGAAAUACGAUGCUGCGCUCUCAGACGCCCGUAAGACUGUCGAUCUCAAACCAGACUGGGCCAAGGGCUAUGGCCGACUCGGCGCCGCAUAUCUUGGGCUCGGAGACGCCGAACAAGCAGUCGCCGCGUACGAGAAGGGUCUGGAGCUUGAUCCUGCAAGUGAGGCCCUGAAGUCUGGCCUUGCUGAUGCCCGCGCCGCCUCGGCUAGGGCCAGGGGCUCGCCGCCACAAGGGGCAUCGCCAUUCGGUAAGAUAUUUCAGGGUCCUGAGAUUUGGACGAAACUGACAGCGGAUCCGACAACCAGGGGUUACCUCCAGCAACCAGAUUUUCUCAGGAUGAUCCAGGAUAUCCAGAAGAACCCUAACAAUCUCAACAUGUAUCUCUCUGAUCCGAGGAUGAUGCAAGUGAUUGGGGUUCUUCUCAAUGUGAAGAUGAGGGGCCCCAUGGAUGAGAUGGCAACUGAGUCUCCCGAGCCUGAACAAGCGAAAUCUCGUCCUGAACCAGCAAAGGAGGCAUCAGAACCUGAGCCACAGCCGGAGCCCAUGGAGGUACCGGAGGAGGAGAAGGAAGUCAAGCAAAGAAAGGCGGAGGCCCAGAAGGAGAAAGAAGCAGGGAAUGCUGCUUACAAGAAAAAGGACUUUGAAACGGCGAUUCAGCAUUAUACCCAAUCUAUGGAGCUUGAUGACAGUGACAUUUCCUACAUCACUAACAGAGCUGCAGUCUAUUUGGAGAUGGGAAAGUAUGAAGAAUGCAUACAAGACUGUGAUAAAGCUGUUGAGCGAGGAAGGGAACUCCAUUCUGACUUCAAAAUGAUUGCUAGAGCAUUGACUAGGAAGGGAACUGCACUCACAAAACUUGCCAAAACCUCCAAAGACUAUGAACCUGCUAUCGAAACUUUCCAGAAAGCUCUAACUGAACACCGUAACCCUGACACUUUGAGAAAACUAAAUGAUGCUGAAAGGAUGAAGAAAGAAUUAGAACAGCAAGAAUACUUUGAUCCCAAAUUAGCAGAUGAAGAACGUGAGAAAGGCAAUGAGCUUUUCAAGCUGCAAAAGUAUCCAGAGGCAGUGAAACACUAUACUGAAGCUCUUAGGAGGAACCCAAAGGACCAAAGGGUUUACAGCAAUAGGGCAGCGUGUUACAUAAAGUUGGGUGCUUUGCCUGAAGGUCUUAAAGAUACUGAGAAGUGCAUUGAGCUGGAUCCAUCAUUUUCUAAAGGAUACACAAGGAAAGGAGCAAUCCAAUUCCUUAUGAAAGAGUAUGACAAAGCCUUAGAGACCUAUCAGGAGGGCUUGAAACAUGACCCAAACAAUCAGGAGUUGAUGGAUGGCGUCAGGAGGUGCGUUGAACAGAUCAAUAAGACCAACAGGGGGGAAAUUAGUCCAGAGGAAUUGAAAGAGAGACAGGCAAAGGCUAUGCAGGACCCAGAAAUACAAAGCAUUCUAACAGAUCCUGUUAUGCGACAGGUCUUGAUUGACUUACAGGAGAAUCCAAAGGCAGCACAGGAUCACCUUAAGAACCCUCAGGUUAUGCACAAGAUACAGAAGCUUGUGAGCGCAGGAAUCGUCCAGAUGAAGUAGAAGUGAAGUUUCGGGAAACUAUCUUUUCUGGCUUCUACAGGAUGUGAAAGCUCUUGAUGAGCUUCUCAGCAGUGAACAUAAUAUGUAACAAUGUACUUUUUGGUCCCAUUCGAGUUAUUAUUUUCUGCUACUCUGGUUUGAAUGAUCUUUUAGGGGAAAGCGUGCUAGGUGUUAAAUUUAAAAAUGGAGUAUAAUAUCAUGCUUAUUAAGAUUGAAUACUUGAAUGGUUCAAUAGCAUCUAAAUGCAUUUGGCUCAAGUUUGUUUGGCAAA